UCCGACGACCACUACUGCGCCCCGUACGACCACCACACCUACAACAAGUCCAGCAACCACUACUAUGUCCCAAACAUCAACCACACCAACAACCACUACUGCACCGCCAACAUCUACCACAGCAACAACCACACCGACAACCACUACUGCACCCCAGCUGGCCACCACACCGACAACCACUACUUCACCCCAAUUGGCCACGACACCUACAACCACUCCAGCGACCACGACUGCGCCCGAAACAUCCACAACAUCUACAACCACUCCGACGACCACUACUGUACCCCGUACAACAACCACAUAUACAAGUCCACCGACCACUACAGCGCCCCAAACAUCCAGCACAUCAGCAACCACUCCGACGACCACUACUGCACCCCAAUUGGCCACAACACCUACAACCACUCCGACGACCACUACUGCGCCCCAAACUUCCAGCACAUCUACAAUCACUCCGACGACCACUACUUCACCCCAAACAUCCACCACACCUACAACCACUACUGCUCCCCAAACAUCCACCACACCUACAACCACUCCGACGACCACUACUGCGCCCCCAACUUCCAGCACAUCUACAAUCACUCCGACGACCACUACUUCACCCCAAACAUCCACCACACCUACAACCACUACUGCUCCCCAAACAUCCACCACACCUACAACCACUCCGACGACCACUACUGCACCCCACACUACUACCCCCCAAACAUUCACCACACCAACAACCACUCCGACGACCACUACUGCGCCCCAAACAUCCAGCACAUCUGCAACCACUCCGACGACCUCUACUGCACCCCAAUUGGCCACCACACCUACAACAAGUCCAACGACCACGACUGCACCCCAAACAUCCACCACAUCUUCAACCACUCCGACGAUCACUCCGACGACCAGUACUUCACCCCAAACAUCCACCACAUCUUCAACCACUCCGACGACCACUACUGCGCCCCAAACUUCCAGCACAUCUACAAUCACUCCGACGACCACUACUUCACCCCAAACAUCCACCACACCUACAACCACACCUACAACCACUACUUCACCACAAACAUCCACCACACCUGCAACCACUCCGACGACCACAACUGCGCCCCAAACAUCCAGCACAUCUUCAACCACUCCGACGACCACUUCUGCACCCCAAACAUCUACAACCACUCCGACCACCACUACUGCGCCCCGUACGACCACCACACCUACAACAAGUCCAGCAACCACUACUAUGUCCCAAACAUCAACCACACCAACAACCACUACUGCACCGCCAACAUCUACCACAGCAACAACCACACCGACAACCACUACUUCACCCCAAACAUCCACCACACCUACAACCACUCCGACGACCACUACUGCACCCCAAUUGGCCACGACACCUACAACAGGUCCAACGACCACCUCUACACCCCGAUCUUCUACCACACCAACAACCACAGCGAUGACGACUACUUCACCCCAAACAUCCACCACACCUUCAAGUCCAACGACCACUACUACCCCCCAAACAUUCACCACACCAACAACCACUCCGACGACCACUACUGCGCCCCAAACAUCUUCAACCACUCCGACGACCACUACUUCACCCCAAACAUCCACCACACCUACAACCACUACUGCUCCCCAAACAUCCACCACACCUACAACCACUCCGACGACCACUACUUCACCCCAAACAUCCACCACAUCUUCAACCACUCCGACGACCACUACUGCGCCCCAAACUUCCAGCACAUCUACAAUCACUCCGACGACCACGACUGCACCCCAAACAUCCACCACAUCUUCAACCACUCCGACGACCACUACUGCGCCCCAAACUUCCAGCACAUCUACAAUCACUCCGACGACCAGUACUUCACCCCAAACAUCCACCACAUCUUCAACCACUCCGACGACCACUACUGCGCCCCAAACUUCCAGCACAUCUACAAUCACUCCGACGACCACUACUUCACCACAAACAUCCACCACACCUACAACCACACCUACAACCACUACUUCACCACAAACAUCCACCACACCUGCAACCACUCCGACGACCACUUCUGCACCCCAAACAUCUACAACCACUCCGACGACCACUUCUGCGCCCCGUACGACCACCACACCUACAACAACGCCCCAAACAUCCACCACACCUACAACCACUCCGACGACCACUACUGCGCCCCAAACUUCCAGCACAUCUACAAUCACUCCGACGACCACUACUUCACCCCAAACAUCCAGCACACCUACAACCACUACUGCUCCCCAAACAUCCACCACACCUACAACCACUCCGACGACCACUACUGCACCCCAAUUGGCCACGACACCUACAACAGGUCCAACGACCACCUCUACACCCCGAUCUUCUACCACACCAACAACCACAGCGGUGACGACUACUGCACCCCAAACAUCCACCACACCUUCAAGUCCAACGACCACUACUACCCCCCAAACAUUCACCACACCAACAACCACUCCGACGACCACUACUUCACCCCAAACAUCCACCACAUCUUCAACCACUCCGACGACCACUACUUCACCCCAAUUGGCCACCACACCUACAACCACUCCGACGACCACGACUGCGCCCCAAACUUCCAGCACAUCUACAAUCACUCCGACGACCACUACUUCACCCCAAACAUCCACCACAUCUUCAACCACUCCGACGACCACGACUGCGCCCCAAACUUCCAGCACAUCUACAAUCACUCCGACGACCACUACUUCACCCCAAACAUCCACCACAUCUUCAACCACUCCGACGACCACUACUUCACCCCAAUUGGCCACCACACCUACAACCACUCCGACGACCACGACUGCACCCCAAACAUCCACCACAUCUUCAACCACUCCGACGACCACUACUGCGCCCCAAACUUCCAGCACAUCUGCAAUCACUCCGACGACCACUACUUCACCCCAAACAUCCACCACAUCUUCAACCACUCCGAUGACCACUACUGUGCCCCAAACUUCCAGCACAUCUACAAUCACUCCGACGACCACUACUUCACCCCAAACAUCCACCACACCUACAACCACACCUACAACCACUACUUCACCACAAACAUCCACCACACCUGCAACCACUCCGACGACCACAACUGCGCCCCAAACAUCCAGCACAUCUUCAACCACUCCGACGACCACUUCUGCACCCCAAACAUCUACAACCACUCCGACGACCACUACUGCGCCCCGUACGACCACCACACCUACAACAAGUCCAGCAACCACUACUAUGUCCCAAACAUCAACCACACCAACAACCACUACUGCACCGCCAACAUCUACCACAGCAACAACCACACCGACAACCACUACUUCACCCCAAACAUCCACCACACCGACAACCACUACUUCACCCCAAUUGGCCACGACACCUACAACCACUCCAGCGACCACGACUGCGCCCCAAACAUCCACAACAUCUACAACCACUCCGACGACCACUACUGUACCCCGUACAACAACCACAUAUACAAGUCCACCGACCACUACAGCGCCCCAAACAUCCAGCACAUCUGCAACCACUCCGACGACCACUACUGCACCCCAAUUGCACAUCUGCAACCACUCCGACGACCACUACUGCACCCCAAUUGGCCACGACACCUACAACAGGUCCAACGACCACCUCUACACCCCGAUCUUCUACCACACCAACAACCACAGCGGUGACGACUACUGCACCCCAAACAUCCACCACACCUUCAACACAUCUGCAACCACUCCGACGACCUCUACUGCACCCCAAUUGGCCACCACACCUACAACAGGUCCAACGACCACCUCUACACCCCGAUCUUCUACCACACCAACAACCACAGCGGUGACGACUACUGCACCCCAAACAUCCACCACACCUUCAAGUCCAACGACCACUACUACCCCCCAAACAUCCACCACACCAACAACCACUCCGACGACCACUACUGCGCCCCAAACAUCCAGCACAUCUGCAACCACUCCGACGACCUCUACUGCACCCCAAUUGGCCACCACACCUACAACAAACAUCCAGCACAUCUGCAACCACUCCGACGACCUCUACUGCACCCCAAUUGGCCACCACACCUACAACAAGUCCAACGACCACGACUGCACCCCAUACAUCCACCACAGUACGACCACCACACCUACAACAAGUCCAGCAACCACUACUAUGUCCCAAACAUCAACCACACCAACAACCACUACUGCACCGCCAACAUCUACCACAGCAACAACCACACCGACAACCACUACUUCACCCCAAACAUCCACCACACCGACAACCACUACUUCACCCCAAUUGGCCACGACACCUACAACCACUCCACACAUCUGCAACCACUCCGACGACCACUACUGCACCCCAAUUGGCCACGACACCUACAACAGGUCCAACGACCACCUCUACACCCCGAUCUUCUACCACACCAACAACCACAGCGACAUCCAGCACAUCUGCAACCACUCCGACGACCUCUACUGCACCCCAAUUGGCCACCACACCUACAACAAGUCCAACGACCACGACUGCACCCCAUACAUCCACCACAAAACACCACAGCUACGACCACUGUGA